AUGAGACCUUCACAGAUCGAGUCGUCUGGCUCACAGAGAACUGAGCGCGACAGAUCCAACUCAUCUCCAUCUACAUCCACUGUCGCAAGUACUCGAGGCAUUCGGUCUGAAGGUAACACAAGUCCCCUCCCCAUUAUCAAACAAGACCCAGUUUCGCUCAUUACUUUGACAGAUUCUUGGAUCGAGAUACCCUCGCGUCCUUCCUCUUCAUCCUUAUCUUCCACCACCAACGACAUCGUUACCACCGGACUUAGUAUCCGGCCUCAGGAAGAACGCCUUUCACGCCAUCUCCGAGCGUCAGGAUUGAAUAAUGAUGAACGUCAACCACGGGCCACGAGUACCACUGGCAGUAGCCAAGAUGAGUACGAGGAGAGCGAGAGCGAGAGUGAAAGAGUCAUGAGUAGCUCCAAUGAAGACAUCUACCAAGAUGGUGCCGGUGGUGAUGACGAUGAUACAUCAACAGCACUAGGGGUUGGAAGCAUGAACAGAGUCUUUACCCCACAGCCCAACGCAUUCUCACAUCCUCCGUCGUCUCAACCUCGACCCAUUCCCGACUCCUACUUCCCUGCGGUCCCAUCUACUACUGGCGCGGACCGAACCAUCACCCAGCGCAGCUAUCAGAACCAGACUCGUACUCGAAACAACCAUCCCGCCAUGUCAUCCUACCAACCCGACCACGACGCUGCGCUGCGUGCCUCACUAACCACCCUCCUCUCCUGUGCCGCAGCGGUUCGACCCAAAGGGCAGCCCUCGACAUCAAGAACCGCACCCACACGAGCAUCCACCCAACCGACCACCCUCCGCCUCGUCGCCGAAUCCGAACUGGGAUCCACAUCCGCACAAUCCAACAACAGACGACCAUCCUCAUCGCCCCAGAAGCAACAGAAACGCAAGUCCCGCGAGUCCAGCAAGGAGCGCCAAGUCAAGAAAGCGCGUGCCGCCAAAGCCGCCGCCCUGAUGGGCGAAGACCUCAUCAGCCCGACGCUGGCGUCGUGGAUGAUCUCGGCCGGCGUCGUGCUCGUCUUCUCCGCCAUCAGCUUCAGUGCCGGGUAUGCUUGGGGCCGCGAGGUCGGGAGGAUCGAGGGUGAGUUCGGUCUUGGUGGUGCUGCUGGCGCGAAUGCCGGCUGUGGUCAGGAGGCGAUCCGCGGUAGUGGGACGGGCCUUCGCCGCUUGAGAUGGAGUUCGGGCACGAGCAGUGUGCGUGCAUGA